UGAAUCUAAAUUACGUAAUAACUUUAAAAAUAUCGAUCGUCAUUAUACGUACAGAAUGGUUCUAAUUUUGGUUUAAUUACGAACACAACGAUGAAGUUCAUUAUACUGUUGUCGCUAUUAGCGUAUGCAAAUGCAAGAAUACCUAUUGAAAACUGUGAUGGUAUUGUUGUUCAUAACAUAAAACAUGAACAACAAGUAUUAAAAAAUGACAUAAAGAGUCCAUACCAACUGGCGCUCGACUAUAAUACGAACACUUUAUUCUUUAGUUAUUCAAGUUCUGAUCCAGAAAAAAGUUUUGAAUCAGCUUACAUUAACCUAAAGACCAAUGAAUUUAAAAUUAUAACAGGCAUUAACGGAGGGUUUGCUAAUGCAGUAGAUGAGAAACAAAACAUUGUCUACUUAGGUGGUCGAGACGGUAUUUACCAGUUUGAUUAUGAAACCAAAGUUGCAACUCAUAUCGAUGGCACCGACCAUAAUAUUUGGCAACUGUUUUACAAAAAAGAUUUGUACUAUUCUAAAUAUCCAGAAGAACAUGUUUAUAUAUUCAAAGAUCAUCAAUCUCAUAGAGUACCUGAGCUAAUUGAUACGCAAGGAAUGCUAGUUGCAGUUGAUAACUUUGACAACAUUUACUUUUCGAACUCAUCUGGACUCUUCGUUCACAAAAAAAUCAAGAAUUAUAUAUCUUACGUUGGUGAUUACAACAUUAACGGGUUCACGUGUGAUGUUAAUGGUAAAAUAUUUUUUUCUACUCCAGAUGGCUUAUUUUACAUCGAUGAUAGCACGAAAAAAGUGGAAAAACUUACCUCAAUCGAAACUGUAUAUGGAGUAGCCAUAGAGGCUGAUGGAAGCAUAAUUUACGCAUCUGAAGAUAGUCUUAUUAGACUAAAACCAACUAAAACAUAUUGUUAUAGUAACGAAAAAAUUUCUCUGUAAAAACUCCUCAUAAUUAGAAUCUUGCCUACCCUUGCCGAUCCGAUAUCAAUUAUUUAAUAGCAUUUGUGCUAUUUAUUUGUACAUUACAAUUUCAGUUUUUAUAAUAUAAAAA